UAUGACAGUGUGAGUGUGACGAGUGAGUGUGACUGAGUGAGUGUGACUGAGUGAGUGUGACAGAGUGAAUGUGACAGGGUGAGUGUGACAGGGUGAGUGUGACAGGUGAGGAGCAGCUCUGAUCCAGUCUGACGGGACUGAAGCAGGAAACUCUGAGUUUCCAGUGAAGUGAAGUGAAGUUUGGCCUCAGGCAGUUUGUUCAUAUAAAAGACGUGAAGCAGAGAAUCAGCCUCAUUUAUCCUGACUGGACGUUAGAGGACGUUAGAGGACGUUAGAGGACUUCACAGAGAUGUUUGCAGCUGAAGCCAAAGCUGUGGUUAAGAACCUGGGAGCUCAUGGAGACCUGAUCUCUAAUGAAAACUUAGACCAGAAGAUGGAUCUGCUGACUCUGGUCCGAGUCAGAGAGGGAAGGUUCUGGUCCGUCCCCAAAUACAGGACCAUGAACUACACACUGCCUGAGCUGAUGGAGGAGACGGAGGAGUUCUGUCCAGACUUCACUGAGGAGCUGCUGGUUCAGGACUUCGUCUCUAACGUGGAGACCAGCGGCAGCGGCAGAGCAGGUGGAGGAGACGGAGACAUGGGUGAAGCUAACGUCUCUGCUAACACAGACACUGUGGAUGGAGCCGCUGCUCCUGUUAGCAUGAUGACAAAGAAAGCUAACGUUAAGACAGUGAGGAGUAAAUUCAGCGGCAGGAAGAUAAAGAAGGACAGUGUGGACGAGCUGGGCCUGAAGGACACAGACAAACUGACCUUUGUUUAUCAGACCGUCUACAACACCGGCCCUGUCAGACUCAUCAGGAAGGCCAAGGUGGACGGAUCCAUCUCCGCCUCCUGUAAGAAGAUGCUGAACCUGCUGGUGAAGGGCAGCAGGAAGGAGGAGACAAGCUUCACUGUUCCAGAGAAAUCGACCUUCGCUUUCAGUCUGAUGGAGAUCAAGCUACAGGAGGAGACGCUGAAAAUCUCCUGUGAGCCGUGGACUCACAAACACUCUGCUCUGGAUCUGCUGAACAGUGACGACGUCAACACUGACUCUACUCUGACUCUGCAACAGGUGAAAGAAGGGUUACAGAUGAAGGAGGCAGCCCUCCAGCCUCUGUCUGAUCUUCCUCCAUCCACAGCUGCUGAUGUGUUGAAGUCUCUCAGGAAGCUGCUGGAGGACGGAGACGCUCUGUCUCUGCUGGAGACCACGUUGGAUCAGUACAGUAGAGGAGUCUCUGUCCGUCCUCAGUCUCAGUCCGUCUCCUCCUUCAUGGAUCUCCUCGAUGAGUCUGGAUCCUCCUCAGGACUGAAAGAUGCUCUUCACCUGUUCAUCAGCGCCAUGGACACUCUCCCAGAUGGAGUACCGGUCCUCCUGACCUCCUGUAGUCCUGAGACACUGAGAGUCCUCAACCAGCUGGUGGAUGGACUGAAGGAGGGAGGCCUGAAGGAGGGAGGUCUGAAGGAGGGAGGUCUGAAGGAGGGAGGACUGAAGGAGGGAGGACUGAAGGAGGGAGGCCUGACCAGACUCCCACAGUCCCUCCCCCCCUCCCUGCAGGAGGAGGGGGAGCUCCGCUGGGCGGCAGAGCUCCUGUGUUCGACCAGUCAGACGCUGAGAGAGCUGAGCGAGCAGUGGGAGAGACCGGAGCUCCCUCCUGGAGUCCUGCUGGAGGUCCUGUGUCUGGUCCUCCGAGGACUCAGCAUCCUGCAGCCCGGAGCAGAGUCACAGUAAUCUAUUACUGUCAGUAUCACAGACUCACUCUCAAACCAGUUUUACCUGCAGAGACAGAUGAAUGUUUUUUUAUAAUCAGGUUAUUUUUGAAAUUGUGAUUUUUAUGAGCUUUUUCUCAGAUGAAUUGUUUCCACUGUUUCCACAAUCUCUGACUCCCUCUAGUGGUCACUAUAGAAAUCAUCACCAACAGACUUCAUCACAUUCUUCAUGAUUCACUAAUUAAACUUCAGAAUAAAGUCAACCUCUUUCAGUAACAAAUAAUUAACCAGUGAGGAUUCUGGUAAAACUGAUUUAAUGAAGCAGAGAUUUUAUUAAUUGAUUAAUUUAUAAUUAAAAAAUCUGCAUCAAGCAGAAUAUCAUAUGAAGUCAACAACAUUUACUGAUUGAUGAAGUAAAUAAGUUUGAUCAUCUGGUUCCAAACCAAUGUUCUGCUAGGAAACCUCUGGUCAUUCAUCUGGAUGUUACUUUGACACUAACUACCACCUAAACAUUGUAGACCAAGCACACACCCCAAGGCAGCAGAGAACUCUUCCAGCAAAAACUGCUCAGAAAUGUCUUGGGGAACAUGACAAAGAGCCCAAUAUGUUGACGUGGCCUGAGGUUUCGCAGCAGAACAUUGGACUGUAACCAGGUGAUCGAUGUUGUUCACCUGUCAGUGAUUUAAUGUUGUGGCUGAUCAGUGUUUAUGGUAUUCACUAGAAAUACAUCUUAUUAAAAACAUAAAUAGAAAAAAAUGUUCCAACUAUUCUGUUUAAGCUUUAUAAUGCAGUUAUAAUACAACAAAUAUUUUGAAAUCAAAUCAAAGACCAUUAGAUUUCAUGACAGUCGGGUGUGAACGUUGGAUUCAGCUCCAACACAGCAGAAUAUUUCUACUCUGAGUUCAGUAACAUCCUCUGUCCAAACUGAUUCUAAUGAGAAAACACUUUUAAACUGAUAAUGUUUAACUUCAUUGUUCCACACUGCCUUCAUCAAUGACAUGAACCAGUUUACUGACACGUCUGUCAAUAAACUAUGUAUUGUUCUAACAAGCAACAAGGAUAUACGUCUAGUUUCAGAAGUCUGCUGAGUAUUGUAGAUCAUGUUUGUUCCUGUUCAGUUCAGCUGAUCAGCUACUAUGUGAGUCACUGAGGACACCUGCAAACAGACAUACACAGUGUCUUGGUUAUGAAUCUUAUCCAGGUUUUGAUCACACUCAGGAAAUGAUUGGUUGAAUAAGCUUAGACCUCAGACACACUCAGAUACCUCAGACAUACACUUUAAGGAACUGAGUGAGUGUCUUUAGUUUUGUUCAUAAGUGUCUUAUUAAUACAGUAACUCUAAUAAGCAUCAUGUUUUGUUUUAUAGAAAGAUAUUUAACACUUAAAAGAUGGAUUAAGGGUGGAAAAAUGUGUUUUGAUAAGUCAGAGAGACAGGUUUUCCAUCCUCAUUGGAAAAUGUACUGAAUUAGAGAAGUUACUGCAAGGAUCCACAUGUGACAACAUCCGGUUUUCAAAAUAAGGUGCUAAAAUAUAGUAUAUACCAAAUACAUGUAUGGGACUAAAAUUAAUUAGAAUAUAUUCACUGUAAGUAUAAAAUGUGUUACCGGUAUCCCUUUCAAAUAA